CUGUACUGUCCGCAGUCUCUGGUCAUAUAUCUUGUACUGUCCGCAGGUCUCUGGUCAUCCCCUGUUACUGUCCGCAGUCUCUGGUCAUCCCCUGUUACUGUCCGCAGUCUCUGGUCAUCCCCUGUACUGUCCGCAGUCUCUGGUCAUCCCCUGUACUGUCCGCAGUCUCUGGUCAUCCCUUGUACUGUGUCCGCAAGUCUCUGGUCAUCCCCUGUACUGUGUCCGCAGUCUCUGGUCAUCCCUUGUACUUGUCCGCAGUCUCUGGUCAUCCCCUGUACUGUGUCCGCAGUCUCUGGUCAUCUCCUUAGUACUGUGUCCGCAGUCUCUGGUCAUCUCCCGUACUGUGUCCGCAGUCUCUGGUCAUCUCCUGUACUGUGUUCCCGCAGUCUCUGGUCAUCCCUGUACUGUGUCCGCAGUCUCUGGUCAUCUCCCGUACUGUGUCCGCUGUCUCUGGUCAUCUCC